AUGACCACCAUUCCCGCACGGCUGGCAAAGACAGCUCAGAUCUCCGCCAGUUCAGGCCAGGCUCGCCAGCGAGUCUUCCAGCUCUACAGAGACUGGUACCGCGCCGCACCCGAGGUCAUCUCGCUGUAUGCGCUGCCAGUCUCCGUGCAGUACUUCCGGCACUCCAUCCGCAAGAGGUUUGAAGAGAACCGUUACGUGUCCGACACGCGGGUCGUCGACGUGCUCCUUCUCAAGGGCAGGCAGGAGUACCAGGAGACGGUGAACCUAUGGAAACAGACGGACCACGUCAUGGGCAUUCUCUUACAGGAGACGCAGCGCCCGCCGCGGACGUUCUUGCAGAAAUUCUACGAGGGCAGAGACGAGGAUGCCGUUUUGCCUGCAGCAACUGGAUUGUAA